AUGGCAGCGCUGGGCUCCGAUGGCGGCUUCGACGUGACGUCUUCGGGCUUUUCUGGAAACCCUUACCCAGACAGCAAGAAUGACACCAAGCGUGGUGUCUGCAUGGCCCCGCUCGGCUCCGAUGGCGGCUUCGACGCGGCGUCUUCGGGAUUUUCUGGAAACCCUUACCCAGAUCACAAUAAUAAUACCAAGUCGUUCUUUUUCGUGGAGCCCGACUCCCUUUUGGAUGGCGGGCUUGGCACUGGGGGCGUAACCAGGGGUGUCAAGUUGAGCGGCUUCGGGGGCGCGGAACCACACGAAGGCUUCAGCAGCUGGUUGGCGAAGGAGCCAGGCGAAGGCUUCAUGGGGAAAGGCAGUUACCCAAACUUCACGGACGCGCCGGGCACCUACGGCCACGAGGCGCAGAUCCCUUUGCCGCACAGCUUCGAGCAGACCCAUGCCACGCAACCUUGCCCCGAGAAGGUGUCGCACAAGUCCAUGCCGUUUCUAUUCAAUCAUUACUCUGGAAUCUUCACCAAUAACGACAACCCUCUGCCCGCGCCGACCGGAAAGUAUUCUGGACUGUCCUCCACGGUGCACAAGGUCAAGACAGACGAGCCAGCCCGUGUAGGCAACAGUUUGUUGAAGUUCAUGUCUGAGUAUUUACCAUCCCAGUCAGUCUUUGCUGAGUUGCUGAAGCCUAUCCCGUCCAAGGAGCACAAGACAAAGUACAGCAUGAAGCUGCUCACGUUUGUGCAGAGCAACUGGUGCCAACUGAAAGUCAAAAUGUACGAGGCGGCGGAGGAUGUGUACUUGAUCGAAUUCCAGCGUCGCUCUGGGGACUCGCUGGCCUUCAACAGUGUCUACCGGCUCGCCGAAAAGUAUCUCCUGGAUCAUGGUUUCCCUCUUGAGGGUAGUGGCAGCAGGGGCGGCGGGCGUGGCUUGUGCCGCUUCGUUCCUCCCAGCGUGCCCCUGCAGCUAAUGGAGGACGAGGAAGUGCCCUGGGUUGAGCCAGAGUGCAUGUUAGGGCCUGUGUUCGAUCUGUCGAGGUCCAAGUGUGCGAGGUAUCAAGCGGAAGGUGCGACCGCCAUAGCGGAGAUGGCCAAAGCCGCCGAAGAGAAGCCGAAGCAGAAGUUCCCAUGGUCCGAGGAGCUGAAGGACGUGAUGUACAAGCUGCUCGAGGUCCAGGAGACUAUCGUGGCCUUUCCGGCGGUCAAGGCCUUACACAGCCUCGCGAAGGUGCACCCAGAGGCCAGGAAGGUGGCGGCGGAGAAGAGGGUGGCGGCGGCGCUGGAGCACUCGCGCAGCAGCCUGGUCCGCGGGGAGGCCGCGCAGUUGCGCGAGCUCAUUGCGGCGCACUGCGGCUGA